AUGGCGCAUCCACUCAAGUUAGUUCUUCCAGACGAUUUAGCUGUUGAAAUCGUGGAAUUUGGUGCUACAGUUGACGACACUAAAGCCUGCAAUAUCUACGUUUUCUUUGACGAACGUGAUGAUGGCUGUCAAGAAGUUCAUAAUGUUGAAUUUAACAACGGAAAGGAUUAUGAAGAGAUGGAGUGUCAUUAUAGAAUCGAGGUGGAUCUUAAUCAGAAGGUCCUUAUUGAGUCUACCAAGAAAGAUGCUAAUGGUGAUACCUGUUUUGUUGAAUUUAAGCUGUUGAAGAGUGGAGUUGAAAUUUUAAACCACAAAUUUAUAGAAGUUCCUUCUGCAGGAAAUGAAGGGAGUAAUAAUAGUGAUAGUGUUGAGACUCCAGAAACAACGUCUGAUACAGAGCAAUUAGUUGACACUUGCAAAUUUGGCCCAAGCAUGGAAGUUAAACGAAUUUUUACAACAAUUCAAAAAAAUAGUAUUGGAGUCGGCUCCACUCAAGGAUCUAGUAACGGUAAGAAGCAGCAAAUAGUUGAAUCAACCAUCUAUCAUACCCAUGUUUACAAGCCAUUUUCCAGAAGCGAACCAUUUUUAUUAAUUGAAUGA